UUUUCCUCCCCAGCACCUGGAUGAUAACACAAUCUCAGGAUCAAAUUGGAUAACAGAAGACAAUGUCCGCAAUUCUCGAUCACAGACAACCAAAACUACCAGGAAGCCUUACUGUGGUUAUAAGCAGCAGAUUUUGUCCAAAAGUGAACAGGCUGAACAGGAAUCUUUGCUUGCUGCAAUACAGUGGCCAAAACCCCUUGACAGCAAAAUUGCCUUUGGACAAAGCACAGACCCCUCACAUAGUGACUUUGUGAUCGUGAAACCCAGCGCGCUUUUCAGAGUGGGUGAUGAGUUGGAAGUGCUGGUUCGUAUGAAGGAUUUCCAAGGGAAACCCAAGCAGUAUGGUGGAGACUAUCUGCAGGCACGAAUUCACUCUCCUCUGCUGAAAGCUGGAGCAACAGGAAGGGUUGUAGAUUGCCAUAAUGGCCUUUACAAAGUCUUCUUUACUUUGCUUUGGCCAGGAGAGGUCAAAGUUUCUGUGUCACUUGUCCAUCCGAGUGAAGCAAUCCAAGUCCUCCUACGUUUACGAGAAGAAAGGCCAGAUAGGGUCUAUUUUAAAAGCUCAUUUAAGUCUGGGAGGCAUUCAGAGACCACUGAGUGCAAUGUUUGCUUGUCUGGAGAUCUGCCUGUCUGUAACUUCACAGAUCUCUACACGGGUGAGCCAUGGUUCUGUUACAAGCCUCGAAAACUGUCCUGUGCCAGCCGAAUCAGCCAUGCCAAAGGUGGAUAUCAAAAAGGUCUUCUGACUCAAGAGGAAAGCCUCUUGUUCCAAAGUGACGUGAAUAUCAAAAGGCCGAUACUCUCCAGUGGACCUGAUUCAGUGAUUGUUAAGCCCAAGGCAUUUACAGAUUCAAGCAGAACGGACGGAGCUGAAGAUCCCACAGUUUCCCCUUCUGGCUUUUAUUAUGAAGACCAGUGGAGGUCCAGAACACAAUGGAUACAUCAUUUUAACCAGUCAGAUGAUAUAACCAAGUGCUUACAAGGAAAAGUAAUCCACUUGUUUGGCGACUCUACCAUAAGGCAGUGGUUUGAAUAUCUGACAGCAUUUGUUCCAGAUCUCAUGGAAUUUAACCUGGGGAGCCCUAAGAACGUGGGACCUUUCAUGUCUGUGGACCUGAAGCACAACAUCCUGCUGAAGUUCCGCUGCCACGGGCCGCCCAUUCGCUUCUCCACAGUCUUCAGCAGCGAGCUGCGGUACAUUGCCAAUGAGUUGGAUGGCAUCGUGGGGGGGAGAAACACGGUGAUAGCCAUAACUAUAUGGUCCCACUUCAGCACUUUCCCCGUGGAAGUGUACAUCCGGCGGCUGAGGAACAUUCGGAGAUCAAUUAUUCGACUGCUGGACCGCAGCCCCAAGACUUUAAUCGUCAUCAGGACUGCUAACGUUCAGGCCCUGGGGCCAGAAGUGAGCCUCUUUAACAGUGACUGGUAUUCCUUUCAGCUCGAUUCUGUCAUGAGGAAAAUGUUCUCAGGAAUUGCUGUGCACUUUGUGGAUGCAUGGGAGAUGUCUCUGGCUCAUUACUUGCCGCAUAACUUGCACCCAAAUGAAGUGAUUGUUAAGAAUCAAAUAGAUGCAUUUUUAUCUUAUGUGUGCCCUCUGCAAACUUAGCACAAGUGGGUAUCCUGAUGCCAAUCUCUUGUCGUGGCUGCAGGGGGCUUGCCCUGUCUGAAUUAUGUUGGAUGGUGUGGAAGACCUCUGUUUAUUGUACUUGCAUGAAGCAUAAGUGGGGUGGCCUUAACUCUGGGUAGCUGUGAAUGGUGGUUUAGAGGAGCUGACUGUUCAGGCCAUAUCUUUCUGCAAGGUUGACUCCAUUCAACCUUAUCAUUCAUAUCUGAGAUUACUAAAAAGCACCUUAAAUUAAAGUGACAGGAUUCAAUAAGAAAUUAUGUGGGUUAUUAGCUUUACUAGUUGUAUGCAUUGUAUGCUUAAUUUACCCAUAUGACACUGAUACUGUUGCCAGGGUCUUGCUGCUCAGAACUGUGUGUGAAAUCUGUGAAAGAUUUUGGGAGUGGCCUUUCUGUCAGUAUUUCAUAGUUCGAGGGACAUCCCCUCUGGUUCUGUGUCAGAGAAGCACAGUGGCUGCUCUUGUCAGAAAUAUGAAGAGAUUGUACCAUAAUCACUAGUAUCAGUCAAGGAAGCACAGUCACAAUACUUGUAGUAUUAAGUCCUAUAGAAUUUGCUGAAAUUUAAUAGAGCACACUAGUUAGGCUCUCUUGGUGUUUACAGAUAGCUGCUAAAUAAUGCAAAUGGACAAUAUUUUAGUUUGGUUUCCUGUACUACUGAAUCUCUCCUGAGCUGUGAUACACUGUCUACUGCUUGAUUGAGCUGUAAUGGAGAAAUGUGUAUAUUAUGACUUCAGUGAAGGCACUGUGUCAGGCAGUUUCUGCAAGUUCAAGUUGCAGGCUUGCCUACUUGAAGAUUGAAGCAUUUAUUAAUGAAAGUGGUUUUGUUCCCUAGAAGUUAAAGCUGUUCCAUUACACACCUGCAAAGCUGGGCUUCUGAUAAUUACUCCUCUAUGUUACUCAUAUAUUGUGUCUGUAUGGAGAAGCCAAGUGACCUGAAUUCCUUUGAUGACUUUUGGCACUGGGUAGCAGCAACCAGCACCACACCAGUGUCAAGUCCAUGCGAUGAUCCCCUGGUUGUGUUUGGCUCUUUUAUUACUCAUUCAUAGGCUUCACAGCUGCUAAUAUAAAAGGGCCAGAAAAAUUGCACCCAAAAGCAAACCACAGGCAGAGUUGCCCUUUGUACAGAUGCUUGGUAGAUAUUUGCUGUUUUGCAGGUGUGAAAGCUGGUGGCUCUUGGGCCUCUUAGCGUGGAGUUUCCCACUGCUGAUUUGAUUGAGCCUGUCUAUGAUUAUAACUAGUUUUACCCUUUAAAUCAAAAUUUUGAUUAAAUUCAGCUCCCAAAUUAAACAGCAGAGAGGUGUUCUACAUUGCUUAUUUCUAGUCCCACUUAGGUCAAAGGUAGUAUUUACCAGUGACUUCACUGGGAACAGCAAUGAACAGAACAGCAGAACAGCAAUGAAGUGCUUCUGAAGCAGCGCAUCAUGCUCAAGGAAAAUACAAAAGUUGAGUCUUCUUGAGCAAACUGAGAAGAUUAAUAAGGAACAUUGGUAGAUUGCACAGAGCAGAGAAAAACCUUCAGAUUAAAAAUGGUUUUCUUUUUGCUGGAUUUGCUGCUAUGUCAGGAAAAUUAUGCUUUUAUUGUUGGAGCCCCAGAAUGCUAAUGCUGCCAGCUAGAGGGACAGUGGUUUUUAUUUUGUUCAUUUUGAAGGACAACUGAGAACUAUUCUAAAAACAAAUGUAAAUGCUUUUAGCAUGUAAAAGUUGUCUGUAUUAUCCAUCUAUAAUCUUAACAAUUUAAAAAUGGUUCAAAAUGACAGGAGGAGUUGCAUACACUGAAAUAGCAUUUAUUCUUAGCUUCUCAGAUCAGAAUUAAGGACGUCCAGUUUGCCAAUUCCUACUGAAAGCUGCCUCGCAUAGUGUCUGUCCAUACAUUAGCUUUAGGCAACUAUUUCUUUAAUGUGUUAAUGGAAAUUUAUGCUUUGCUAAAAAGAGACCACACCAGUUCAGGUCUGGGAAGGUAAACCACCAUAAUGCAAAAUGACCUUUCAUCUUUUCCAUGUGUGUUUUUUAAAACAGGUAGAGUAUAAGGCUUUCAUAGUGAAUAACAAAUCUAUCCAAAUAAUGUUAAUGAAAAUAAGACUUCAAACUUUUACUUUGAAGGAAACUAUUUAAUUUGUGGACUAAGCAUUCAGUUUUCCUCAUAAAGUCAUACCAUAUGUGAAAGUGUUGUGAUGGCAUGUUUCUUCUCUUAAUGUUGAUGUGCUAACCACUGCUCUUCUACAAUAGCUUUAUAUUGCUGUGAGCUACCAAGAACCAGUAGAGAAGAACAUAUCUUUUUUAAUGUUUUGACAAUUGAGGGAGAGAGAACAGGACUGCUACUGCAAAGAUGUCUUAUCUUCUGGUGGAAUCUCACCCUUUUAGAUUAAUUAAUAUUUUAAUAGCAGAUUAACUAACUUUUAGGUAAUGAACAGGAGGAAACUUGCCAAUUGAUUUGGAAUGAGGACCAGGGGUUUUUUUUUUGUUGUUUUUUUGGUUUUUUGUUUUUUUUUUUAGCUCAGGAAUAGGCAGGGAGGAGAAAGGGAGAAACUGAGGAUUUACUCAUGUUAAAGAUUGAGACUGGGGACACUAUGUCUUUAAAUGCCAUUCUGUUGAACUGUAAUGAUUUUUUAUUUGUAUUCUUGACUUGUUACCAGUUGUGUAUUUACUGUAUAUGGAAACACAGAAGCAAUAAAAUAUUUUUAAAUUGGUUUCUUUAAACCUUUAAACUUCUAAAUGGAUUUGAACAGAGACUGAGGUUGAGGUUGAUUAUUUUUAAAGUUAUUUAACAUGAAACAGGACUGGAAAGGAAUUUCUCAGUUGUCAGUUAAGUAUCUUCCUUUAUUUCACAAGACUUUUCGAAGCCCUGUCUUCCUUUUCUUUCAGUUUUCUCCACCUGAAUGAAAGAAGUUUCAUUGUUUGGAAUAUUUUCAUUCUUUUCCUGAGCCUUUUGAUUGGUGUUCAAUAAAGAUUUUUUUUCCUUUUUAAUUUCUUUAUUCAAACUCCAGCCCACUCAAAUCUCAUUUUUACAUUUAUCAGAAGAUUUCAGAGCAAUUUAGUCAUAAAAGAAAUAAACUCCAUUUUGCAGAGUAGACUGAUAUACUGAUUUUAUGCACCUGAUAUUUUGACUACCUUGUUUCUAAUAAAUAUCAUGUUAGACUGAUUCCUUCAUUCUAGAAAUUUAGUAAAAAUGUUAGUUGAAAUGCUGGCAAAAAGAAUGUUUCUCUUUUUUCACAUUUUCAGUUGCUUCUGAUUUCACCUGCUACACAGCACUAUUGCAGCUCUGCUUUAUGAGACUAUGUUGUUGUUUUUCAUUGGUUUACUUGUUAGAGGUAAGCAUUUAAAAACGGGAAUUUGGCUUACUUAGAAGUCUAUGUGGCUUUUUAUGUACUAAUGGUGAGAAUUUCAUGUAUAUGUGAAAAAAACCUAGGUUUGAAGUUGUUGUCUGGGAAGGGUGAGGGCACUGUACUGGGAUUUUAUUUUUGUUGCAGAAGUGUGAAUUAAAGCAUUGUUCACCUAUGACAGUUUAAACGACAGCAAAAAACUGAAGUCACAGCUAUGUUUAAUUUAUAAAGCCCUAACUCAUCAAGUCUAGAUCACCUGAUAUUUAGUUUCUACUAAUUUACGUAUUUUGACUAUUUGGAAGGCUCUUGUUAGCUUUUGGUAGUGGUGAAGGACUGUAUAUUAGACAAAGAACUUGUUUUCAAAGUACUUUUUGGUUGUGUGGUUUUGUUUUUUGUUUUUGUUAUGUGUGUGUUUGUGGGUUUUUUCCUAUUAUAUUAUUGAAAUGCUAACAAUAUGAAGAAGGCACUAAUGUAUUUUAUUUCCUGAUGUGGUCAGAAAAAAAUUUAAACAGCCAAAAGAGGUCAGAAUAAAAAGUUCCUAGUAAAGAAGGAAGUUUACUUAAACUGUUCGAUCUGAUCUAGUCUCAGUUUAUCUUGUUUGCCAUAACCCCAGAUACUUUGUAUUUUGUAGCUGCUUAGUUGUUCACUUAACAUAACAUUUUUGCAGUGUGUUGGGUAGAAGUUCCACACUAUGAUUUACAUGUUAAAAUAGCUCCAAAAAGGUUUUUCUUUUAGUGAUAAUGUAUAUUUGGAGGGGAGUGAUCUGUGCAGAAGCCUGGCAUGAGAUGUAGCACUGAACAUGCUGAUGUUUCCUGCUUUUGAUGUAUCAGCCUGACACAUAAUAAAAGUUUGUACCUAAUCUAAACUUC